CUCUUCUCUCUUGUACAGGUACUCGAGUACUUGUUCACAGGUUUGUUAGCUUUGGGAGGGGCCACCUCAAACGGUGGAAGGAUGCAAGUGGAAGACGCGACACCGCUUGUUCCUGGGCAAACAAAGCUUGUUAAGCCUAAGACGCGGCGGGGAAAGCGACACCUAGAAAGACGGGCACCCAAAGCGGUUGAGGACGCGAAACGUGCUCUCUUUCUCUACGGGAACCAAACAAGCCAGGUUGUCAAGGAUGUCCUUACGGACCUCUUCCAAUUGAAGCGGCUUGAAGGCCACAAGUUCACACGUAAAAAUGAAAAUGUUCGGCCGUUUGAGCCUGGCGGCGAGACCAGCUUGGAGUUCUACUGCAACAAGAACAAUUGCCCCUUGUUCGUGCUGGGCAGCCACACCAAGAAGCGCCCUCACAACAUCGUAAUUGGUCGUAUGUUCGACUUCCACCUAUACGAUGCUCUCGAGCUCGGCGUGGACGAGUUCAAGGCGAUGAAGAACUUCGGGGCGGCGGGCGCUGCAGCCCAAAUCGGCAACAAGCCCUGCAUCAUCUUCGUGGGUGAAAAGUUCGAGAGCGUGCCCGCGCUGGCGCUUGCUAAGUCGCUGCUGCUGGACAUGUUCCGCGGGGAGCAGAUUGAUCGCAUCAACCUGGCGGGCAUUGACCGAGUAGUCAUGGCGGUCGCCCUGGACGACGCGCGGCUGCAGCUGCGGCAGUACGCCAUCCGCUUCAAGAAGAGCGGCUCGCGCAUCCCGCGUGUGGCGCUGUCGGAGAUGGGGCCGCAGCUGGGGCUCAGCGUGCGGCGCUACCGGCUGCCGCCCAGCGACAUGCAGCAGGAGGCCAUGAAGCAGCCCAAGCUUGGCAAGAAGAAGCAAAAGAACGUGUCCUCGGACGCUCUGGACGGCAAGAUCGGGCGCAUCUACAUGCCCAAGCAGAACAUGGACACGAUGGGGCUGUCCAAGUACAAGGGAACCAAGCGGGAGCGGCGGGACAGCGCGCGGGAGUCAGCGGAAGCCAAGAAG